CAUUAGCAUAAAAUAAAAUAAAUAAAAAAACUCCUGCAGUCCUUCAGCUGGAGGUGGGGCAACUUUUCAAAUAAAAGAUUAAGUCACUUUCCCUUUCAGAAGUUUUGCUUUCCUUUCAGAGGAAGUGAAAGUUAGAGGUCCGUGCAGAAGAUGGCUGAGGGCAGGAAAACAUCUGAUUCUUUGUUUUGCUCCGUUUGCUUGGAUGUAUUGAAGAAGCCCGUGACUCUUCACUGUGGUCACAACUACUGCAUGGACUGUAUAAAUGGCUGCUGGAACCAGGAGGAUCAGAAAGGUGUCUACAGCUGUCCCCAGUGUAGAUAUAUUUUCGCCACGAGACCUGAGCUGAACAAGAACACAGUGCUUGUUGAUUUAGUGGCAGAGAUGUCUGCAGGAGGGCAGGGCGCCUUCCCUCUUGUGAAGGAUGAAGUCGGUCCAGGGGAUGUGGAGUGUGAUUUCUGCACCGUGAGGAAGCUGAAAGCCGUCAAGUCUUGCCUGGUGUGUCUGGCCUCUUACUGUGCCACUCACUUGCAGCCUCACUAUGAGUCGGCCGCUUUCAAGAGGCACAAACUUGUGGAGGUGUCAGCCUCCAUCGAAGAGAAGAUCUGCUCCAAGCAUGACAAGCUGCUGGAAGUCUAUUGUCGCAGUGAUGGCCAGUGCAUUUGUUUACUUUGUGUGAUGGAUGAGCACAAAGGUCACGACACUGUCUCUGCUGCAGCAGAGCGCAAAGAGAAACAAAAACAAUUUGGGAAAAAGAAGCAAAGAUACCAGCAUGCAAUACAAGAAAAGGAGAAGAACCUGCGGCAGCUCAGACAGAAAAUGAAAGCUCUGCAGCGCUCUACAGAUGAAGCAUUUGAUGAAAAUGAGAAGGCCUAUGCUGACAUCGUCAUGAUGGCAGAUAAAAGGCGCUGUGCUCUGAGGGAGCUGAUUGGAGACCAGGCGAAGGCUGCGGGGAGCCGAGCCGAGGUGCACGUGGACCGCCUGAAGAGGGAGCUCAGCGAUCUUAGGAAAGCAGAAGAGGAACUCAAGCAGCUGUCACUCACUGAAGAUCACAUUUACUUCUUGCAGCGCUGCCAGCCCUUUUUUGACGGCACAGAACCUGAGGUGUCACCUGAUGCCAACAACAUCCAACAACAAACACCUUUUGGCUAUGUGACGAAGUUUAUUUCCGACCUGAAAGACAAAAUGGAAACCAUAGCAAAAGCUAUUGCCGAAAUAUCCGAGACAUUUCAAGUUGAUCCUGAUCCUAAGACGAGACAAGAGUUUUCCAUGUAUUCCUGCCACCUCAGUUUGGAUCCCAACACUGCGUUUGAAAACCUGCUGCUCACUGAGGAAAACAGGAAAGUGACCUGGAUAAAAAAGGCCCAGAAAUACCCGUUCCACCCGGAGAGAUUCACCAAAUAUGAUCAGGUGCUGUGCACUGAAGGUUUGUCUGGAGUUUGCUACUGGGAGGUUGAAUGGAAAGGCCCCAGAGUUGAGGUGGCUGUCUGUUAUAAAGGCGCAGACCUGGAAGAAAGUGGCUUUGGGUUCAGUGACCAUUCCUGGUGCAUUUCCCUUUCGAAUUUCGGCUGCACCUUUUGGCACAACGAAAUCAAAACCAAAAUACCCGUCCCCUGCUCCUCCUCUACGGUGGGUGUGUAUCUUAACCAUAAGAUGGGGACCUUGUCCUUCUACAGCCUGUCUGAUUCAGAUCAAGUGAUGCUGCUUCACAGAGUUCAGACCACAUUCUCCCAGCCUCUGUACCCAGGCUUCAUGGUCUCCAGAGGUUCCUCACUCAGGAUAAUUACACCUGAGUAAAGCCGUCAGCUAUGAAGGCUGACUGAGUGAACCAUUACAGUAGGGCUUCUCCAUUUAUCCAUUAAACUCCAGUGUUAAAACGGUAUCUGUAGAUUUCUGCUCAUUAUAGUUAAAGCUUAAACGUAUUCUUUAAAACGCUUAUAGUUUGUAAGGUGGAAUAUAUAGAUGUAUAAUCUGUAAAAUCCUGUCGUGAAUCAUUGAACUAUGUCUACGUAUGCACAGACUUUGACUCUGGGUGUAGUCUCUUUGUGUACUUUAUACAACAUAACAGCAUUCAGGAGGAUUCAUGUGAACAUGUGAAACGACGACAACAAAGCGUAAAUGGAAAUAUACUGUACAUCUAGAAUAGACAUGUAAACUCACUGUUGUGUGUUUAAUUCAAUACGGUUUAACAGCACCACAGAGUGCAUCCUCCAAAGCGUUCAUUGCUAGCAGGGUCAAACUUCUAUUGUUUGUUGUAGGCAUUUGUGUGCUCAUAAAAUAGAUUUGAUAACCUAUCGCCUGCCAGUAUUUUGUAGCCUCAUUUAUUAUAGUCUGUUUGUUUUUUUUCAUUUAUGCAAAUAAACAUUUUGUGAGUGUGGGUUUUGUCUCCUGUGUCAUGGCUUUUUAAUUUUUUCCUUGUGUUCAUUUAUUCCAUUGUGGGAUAAAUUAAAGGAUUAUCUUAAUAAA